CGUAGUGCGAGCGUGGUGGCGGUGCAUCGGUUCGCGGACACACACGCACACAGACCGUCUCGCCGCGCAGCGCCUGGUCAGACGGUCCAGCCUGCGUGCGUCAGUCGGCCGGGCUAGGUGCGGGUUGCACGGAGGACCAUCAUCGUCGAGAACCGAAGUCAGCAGACCGUCGGACCUACUUCACUGCCCGGUUCGCCUCCCGGAGAGUCGCCUCGUGACAGCAUCGGCCGUCGGGUUAGUUUCGCCUUGGCGGCAUCACUUCGGAAACUACCGGGUCCGUGUGUUUAGGAUCGAAGUAUUUCCACUGGUGUGGAGUCGUGUCACCCAAAUUCGAACCUCCCCCGGAGAACGGAAGUGACUCGCGGUUCCGGCGCCCGCCUUUGGCAGCCAACUUCUUCCGUUCCAUUAUUAAACGUGUGAAGCGCCUCGGGACAGUGCCAGCGGCGCCUCAGCAUUCCUUCAUCCCCUUACGUGCGCACUAUUAACUCUCGUCUCCACCGACGUCAGGACGGAAGAGUGUUUUGUCACCGAACGAUUCUUGAUCGCUGGCAUUUUUUUCUUGGUUACUUUUCCAGCAUUCUUCCUUCUUAUUUUUUUUUUCUUUCGCUGUCUACAGUCAUCUCUUGUGAGCUUUUUGGCCAUCGACUAGAUUUUGCUGGAUACUGUGCUAUUGAAAAGAGGAGAAGUGACAAGAACGAAACUCAAGCUGUGGUUUUCAAGAAAGUCGUUUGGAUUUUGGUCUCCUGCGAGUUUGCGGCUAAAGGGAGAGGACUAAGAGCCAGGCACGGGUCAGUACACAAGAGUGCACGAACGUCGUCGUCAGGUGCACCUUUGAGGAUGACGCCAAGGAUGACGACGUAAAUGCAGAGUGUGACAGGCUGUGCGGCUUGCCGAGUUAGGGUGCAUCAUCAUAUUGUCUGGAUCUCGGAGCACACAAAGGCAUGACAGUGAAUAUUCAGCUGCAAGAGCACUAAAGCCGCGCCUUUCUACGAGGAUGGAAACAAGAUUUCUAGCAGCGACAAUUUUCCUGGCCUGCGCGCUCGCGCCUUGCGGCCGCUGCCAGGAGGGCGUGCGCGACGACAGCCACGUGGAGAACGUCGUGCACAAGGCCGUUGCCGACGAGUUCAGCAGCGAGAUACUCACCAACCGCACCAGAGCGUACUUGUCAUGUGCCUCCGGCGAGAUGGUGGUGAAAAUCAACUUCAGUGAACCGUUCCGUGGCAUCACUUACGUGGACUACGACAAGACCAGUCCCUGCAAGUUCUACGGCGACGGGAGGAAGUACUACGAGCUAAGGAUACCACUCAAGGGGUGCGGCACCAAACAGGAGGCCCCACGAGUUUUCAUCAACAAUAUCAUCGUACGCUUCCAUCGGUCCCUGGAGCUCGAAGAAGAUGAAAUAAAGACCAUCAUCUGCCGCUACCCACCUCCACUGGCGCCACCGCCUACCAAUGUGAUUGCGCCUAUUAUUGAAGCCCCGCCCAUUUUGCCAGCUACGAAGCACCCGAAACUCUCCGAGGUAGAGUUGCUCCUCAUCAUAUGCGCAUUGCUGUUCCUGACACUUCUGCUUCUGGGCAUAGGAAUCGCUUACUACUGCCUGAAAAAACGCAACAUCAAGGUGGUCAAGAAGAAGAAGGGUAUCUCCUCGGCACCCGCUUCGGAGAUCACUAAGCUCAGCGGCUCAACCAUGGGCACACUGUCUAUGUUUGACCCUAUUCGCAUACCACGGGCAAUGGCCGCCUCCACCUCCGGCUCAGAAGCUGCUCUGCUCACGCCUGUUUCCGCUCAGCGGUCCGAGACGAUACCAUCAGAUUACCCCAGUGAGUCGCCGUCCUCAGCGUCGGACACUGAAGAGGUCGUGGAGCAGCGACACGUCGUUUUAUCGGCUGUCCCUGUACAGAAACAGUACGAUAAUGCCGCCUUUGCAGCCGAGCCAUACCCGGUGGACGCUGAAAGGGCCGAGUCUCUGUCUUCGGUCCAGAUAGCGACAGUCUACAAGCCGUCCAUACCCCGGGCAAAAACGAAGCCGUAUCCGGUAGAUCAAGAACGCGAUGAAUCAGUGUCGUCUCUGCAGCAGGCGCAAAUGAUCCUUAAGGCAGCCUCAGCGAAGCAACAACAACUGCAGGCGAUAUCCGAAAGCGAAGACCAGCUUGACGCAGAGACUUUGGAGAAGAGCUACGCGGCUGUGUCUCGUGUGGUCGCUGCGCCUCCGACCGCGUACAGGGUUGAGCCUCCAGUCUACUCCAAAGUUCGCAAGAAGGAAGAGCCUCGACCACCGUCUCUGUACGGCAGCAUCCCCGACAAUGAUGACUGGUCUCACUCGGAAGUUGAGUUUGCCGCUGAUAUGAAGCCCCUCAUCCGAAAGCCCAAAAGAACCACCCAGGUUCUCACCGACUACCUUGUCACCAAACAAGACGACACAGAUCUCCGUGAGGACGUGACAAAACGCCGCCAGGACAAGUUGCGUACUCUAGCGGUGCCUUCCGAGACUCCUGAUACUUCCGUGUCCGAGAUCACUGCCAUUCCCGAAACAGCGUUAGCUUCACGUAAGCCGAAAAUCACCGUCAAGAAUAUUGACGAGGUGUUCGUGACCACGGAGCACGAGACUAUUGCCACUGAGCACGUCGUGAAGACUACGAAAGAUACCACAGAGCAGCUCGUGAAAUCUCCGACAACACCGCCCUCUUGGGACGUGACUAUUAGGCACUACACGCCGGAGGAUGAAGGACCAUCCGCACCGGUAUCACCAAUUCCUCCAAGGUCGCCUUCUGGACAGCCGCACUAUACAGAAAGACGAACCUGGGAAGCGGAUACAACAGAUGUACAUCAAACAACUGCCACAACCACUGCCGACCACCACCUCCGGGCAAGCUUUUCACCGGAGCCGAAGAUGCCGCGGACCACAUCGCCUCCCGAAUGGGAUGUACUAAACAGGGUGAUCACCCCACCGCCUGUCGAAGGUGUUGAAGAACUUACGCCCGACGUGAAAACGAAGUGGAGGACGCUCGUGACCGUCGACGACGUCUUCCGGACGCUCGUGCACGAGGCGACGACGACGGAAGAGUACGUCCAAAUCAGCCACGACUUCCGGUAUGAGGCCAUGUUCGAACGUCGCGUGUGGGACGUUAUCAUUCGUGUCCUCACGCAUCCGGACCAUCUCCAUCUGCCCAUCCAGGCUGAAUUCCCACCUGAGGUGAAACCGCCGCGUUACCGCAAGAACCAAGAACCAAGACGAAAAGCGUCGCUACCCCACAUACUCUCCGGCGCUGGCAUCCCAGCUGAUCUGAGGUCCUUGCCAGAGUCGCACCGGUCCAACUCGAUUGGCGAUUUCGACAUGAGGUCUAUGACUGAGAUUGACGUAGACUUCUCGCGUCUUGAACGCGAGUCUGUCUCCAGCGAUGACACUGUGCGGACAGGUCUCAGCAUCACCGACCGAGCCACGUCCGAGUUUCUUGAGGACAUCCCCAGCUUCGAGGGCCGGGCUUCUAUUGACGGAUACCUGCCUGUCGUCGAGCGGAUGACUGCCGCACCAGCUGUCGACACGGAUGACGCUCCCAGCGAUUCUACUUUUGACAUUCCCAGCGGCAGAUUCGGGCCCAGCGGCUCCCAGGGUGCCAGUCGCACGUUUGUGGAGCGCUCUUCGAGGCAGUAUUUCGAAGACCUGCCGGGAAGUCAGAGCAGGAUCACGUCGGACCACUUGAGGAUGCAGACUUCCAGGGUCGUGAGGACGGGAGGCCUGGAACGCGCGCCCAGCAUGGAUGGCAGGGAAGAAAUAAAGUCCAUCACUGAGCAGGACAUCUACGACUGGCUGCGAUGAUCAGCCAACGUGCAAGUCGCCGCGUAAGCGCUAACAUCUCGUCCGUAGCGGUGCACCGCUACCCCCGUAAGACUUGCUUUCACAUGAGUGAUACUGUGCCACAAGAUGAUGCAAAGCGCACUGAUGGUGCGUGCUGCCUAACUCGAAUCCAGGAGCUCCCAAACAACGCAGUGAAUUCGGCUGACGACAACAGAACUAAAUGUUGUGCAGCGGACUAAUGGCUUGUUUUUUCUUCUUUUUUUUUUGCCUGCGUUCUUCUUGGAAUUGAUUGAUGACGAAUCAAGGGUGCAUCGAGAUAUUGUAAAAUAUGAAGCAGUGUUUUCUGGCAUACAUUCGCAGGGACCGGCUUCCUCGUUAGCUCCUGCGAUUCCCCAUAAGAUCCAAUGCUUUCCAUCCUUAACAGACGACGAACUCCCUUGGUUGGUCUUCACGAACUUUGCUAGUUAAUUCUGGCUUUGUUCAACGCGCAAUGUAAGACUUAUAGGAACUAUACAGUUGUGCAUAUAGUGCUAAUCGUGACAUCUAUUUGAGAAUUUAAAAAAAAGUAAGGAAGUUACAAAGCUUGCCCUAAUCAAACUGCUUCCACUUCAGCAGUAUCUGUCAGUACAGCUUUGUGUGUAGGUUUAGAGCGGAACUGGAAGCAGGGAAAUGGAGUCAUGAGUACGACGGCGCCAGUCACGAAAAUUUAAAAUAUGGAAGGCUUCGGGCGGUACUUGAGUCCGAACGUAUAUAUACAUAACUUUUAAUCUCGAGUCACUGCGUACGAUGUUACGGGAAAGCCUGCUUUCGUGAGUGGUUUUACUGCCAUUUUGAGUCGUUAAGGCGGCCAGUUUAAAUCAACACAAAAGGGAGUAAAAUAGUGCAUAUACUAGUAGCUUGCGUUAUUCUCGUUUACAUUGUGCUUUGUUCCCUUGAAGAAACCUUGCGCUACAUAGACUGCUUGUUUUGUUUUAAAGCGUACAGUGUUCGCUGCCGUUGACAGAUUUAUGACGAGGCCCUACUGCCAUUUCUGUAUUUAUUAAUCAAGACUUGUUAAAGAUGAAAAUAAAGCGCACUUUACACCA